AUGACGAAGACGAAGCGCAUCUUGUUCAUUUUUGUAGUUUCAUUGCUGGUGCUUACAGUGCACGAGUCCCAGGCGGCUGGUGCUGCCAAGCCUGGGCCAACGCAGCAGGACGCAAUGAUCGGCAAAGUAUACGCCGCCAUGCAAAAGGAGCAGGUCCAGCACUCCCAGCCCUUCCGGCCUUUUCCCAUGCAAUGGCGCGAAGACCGUGGCCUCUAUCGGUCGUCCAUCCACCUCGACUUCGUCGGUCAAGGGUGGUGGGAUGACGAGGCGAACACCCUUUUGCGGCGCUUCUUUGCCAUCCCGGACUCCAACAUGUUCGUGACCAGCUUUGUCCUCUCGGCCAUUAUCGAGGCUGCAUCGUUGGAUGCCAUCGAGGUGUCACCCACCGAUGAGUCGUUUGCCAUGGCGCUCGAUGCCAUUCUUUCCUUCAAGGACAAGAAUCGGCCGCAGGGUGUGCCAGCGUAUUCGUUUUGGCCCCAGGCUCUUGUGAACGGCACCUGGUCCGCCACUCCGGUCAACCUCGUCGAGCCCUUUGACUACUUUGGCUCGUUCGGUGAAUACAUCGGUGCCAUCUUCAAGGAGCUUGGUCUUGAUGCCUUCUCCGGCCAGUACUACCUCCAAGUGGAUGCCAUUGCGGAAGCUUUUGAGGACUUUGCCACAGUGUUCCGCAUCCCAGCUGAUUUGGAUGACUCCUCGGUCAACCUGGCCCUGGGAGGCUUGCUCUCCCAGCAGCGUGAUAAGUUCCCACAGGCCUACAAGAAGUGGGAAUCGGCCAACACCAAUAUCACCGCCCUCUUCGAGCUCAUCAACAAGUACGCCUACCGUCCGUUUGAGGUCAAUAACACGCGCUACACCGACCUGCUGGACACUCGUUCCUACUUCUUCAUCCACCCUUUCCUCGCCCAGUUGUCCACUCCCUCGCUUGCUCUUGGCAUGACGUGGCUCAUGGAUCUCCCCGAGGACAACAAGACGGCGGGUAUCGUGGGCAUGCCCUACCACGUCAACAACGUCGACAUGACUGUAGCGUCCAACUUCCUCUUCGGCACCUCGCAGGCCGUCUUGGAGGGCCUCAAUGGCGGCAGCGCCCGCACGUACUUCGUCCAAAACGCCAAUUUCCAGCAGGUCUACGAAAACACGGCUCAGCUCGUCAGCUGGGCAAUUGAGACUGGCGCUGCGACCGCACGGCCAGACAUUGCUCUCCUCUACUAUCCCUCGCUCUAUGAUUUCCUGUGGAUGGCGGCCAGGACUGCUCGAUACCUCAACGCCAAAGGAAGCGCGACAGACGCCAUUUCGGCGAUGGCCAGGACAAGGGACAGGCUCACCGCCGCCCUGAAGGAUGCGGGCACCCAGCAACUUCUCGCCUCUGCCCGCCACGACGCAAUUGGCAACUACUGGGAUGACUUUCUUGGUGACUACAACGGUGUGGAGCGAGGGGAGGACCGCAUGUUCAGCACCGCACUGGCCAUCAACACGCUCAUCGAUGUGUGGAGCGUGCCCACCACCGAUUCGUCGUGCAAACUGCGAUGGGCCAAGGACAUCCCAGCAUCGAUUCAGCCCCUGGUACUCACACCCCUACCACUUAUACGAAAACACUCUUUAUUCAUUUAA